UCUAGUCCAGUUCUCCUUGCGGGUUGCUCUGCUUCCAUGAGCAGUAGCGCGGCGGUGCAGAGGCGAUUCGAUCUCGCUGCCAUGGGGGACGCAGCUACGAGGCGGCAGAGGCGCGUGGGGAACGAGGAUGACGACGACGAUGACGAAGAGGAGGAUGACCAAGGUUCGGAGGCCUGGGGGCGUGCUUACGCCGACGAGCGCUCGUGGGAGGAUCUCCAGGAGGACGAGUCCGGCCUCCUCCGCCCGAUCGACACCAAGGCGCUCGCCUACGCGCAGUACCGUCGACGUCUUCUCCAGAAGUGUGCUGCCUCCGCCACCUCCAGUAUCCAGAAAGGCCUUAUUCGAUACCUCUAUCUUAUCAUCGACCUCUCUCGGGCGGCUUCAGUGACAGAUUAUCGCCCCAGUCGUAUGGUUGCUGUUGCUAAGUGUGCGGAGAUUUUUAUUAGAGAGUUCUUUGAUCAGAAUCCAUUGUCUCAUAUGGGUAUCGUGACCAUAAAAGAUGGUGUUGCUCAUCAAUUAACAGAGAUAGGAGGCAGCCCAGAGUCACAGAUUAGAGCCCUAAUGGGUAAACUUGAAUGUUCAGGUGAUGCUUCCUUACAGAAUGCCCUAGAACUAGUUCAUGGAUACCUGAGCCACAUUCCAUCUUAUGGCCACCGUGAAGUACUGUUCUUGUACUCAGCUCUUAAUACAUGUGAUCCAGGAGAUAUAAUGGAAACAAUUCAAAAAUGCAAGAAAGCUAAAAUUAGAUGUUCUUUAAUUGGUUUAUCAGCAGAAUUUUUCAUAUGUAAGCAUCUGUGUGAAGAGACGGGGGGUUCUUACACUGUGGCAUUGGAUGAGUCCCAUUUCAAGGAGUUGUUUCUGGAGCAUGCACCGCCACUUCCAGCAAUAGCAGAAUAUGCAACAGCUAAUUUAAUCAAGAUGGGCUUUCCUCAAAGAGGAGCCGAGGGCGUCAUUGCUAUAUGUUCUUGCCACAAAGAUGUGAAGAUUGGUGGGGGUUACACUUGUCCAAGAUGUAAAGCACGUGUCUGUGAAUUACCAUCUGAAUGUCGAAUUUGUGGUUUGACCUUAGUUUCCUCUCCUCAUCUUGCAAGAUCUUACCACCAUCUUUUUCCAGUGACACCAUUUAAUGAGGUUUCGUCUGCUGUUCCAUUUAAAGUCAGCCAAAAGUUUGCACAAACUUGUUAUAGUUGCCAACAGAGCUUUGUGAGCCAUGGAAGCAAAUCCACUCCCCAUGUAUCUUGUCCAAAAUGUAACCAAGCUUUCUGCCUCGACUGCGACAUCUACAUCCACGAGAGCUUGCACAAUUGCCCAGGCUGUGAGAGCCGACCUGGCUCAACUACAUAAAUGUUGUGGAUUGCAUCCUAGAGUUCAUCUUAUCGAUGGUGUAUCUCAGCAUUUCAUGCCAGCCUACAAGUUUAUGGUUCAACAGGUUGAAUUAUUCAAUGAUAUGGCUCGCCAUCAGUUUUUCUGCCAUAAUAUGAGACGUGAAAAUGAAUAUCGCGAUUGAAUGGCCUGCCUAUACAUCUCAGGUUUACUGAUUUGGACGUUGAAGUCUCUUGUGGACACUAUUUCCUGCCACCAAACUUGAAUCUCCAAUCGGAGCAAUCACUGGUGCAAGCUACAAGGUUCCUCUGCAACAACUGAAAUUUGAGUAUGUACUCUUGAGACUUUGAGGUUUCAUUUUGUUUCAUGGCGUUGAGUUUGAAGAAUUAUUAAUUUACAUCCUAUCAAAAGUUACCUUUUUAUUUUUUUUU